GUAGUCUGUUAAAAUCCAAAUAAAUUUCACUAGAAAUAAUUUGGGGAAAAGAUAAUCUCGUCGUCGCCCUAGCCCCUAGGGAUCAAGAUGUCGCCUCCUCCGAGCUGGUUCACGGAGAAUCAAGGGGAAGUUUAUGAAGGUCGGCGUAGAGGAUCGGAAUCGGACGAAGAGCUGAAGGGGCUGAGCUACCAGGAGUACCGGAGGCUCAAACGGAUCAAGAUGAGGAACACUGGUAGGUUCUGCAUCUGGAACAACACGCCGAGUCCACCGAGAGAUCCGAACGAGGAUGAGAACGCCAAUGGUGAUGAUGAUGAUGAUAACCUGACGAAAGCGAAAGGCGAAUCUGAUUCCGGUAAGUCGCAAUCUGAAACUGACCGAUCUAGGAAGCGUAGAGGGAUGAGAUCUUAUGAUAGCGAUAGCGAAUCUGUAGAGAGUGAGAGUGAUUCUGAUAAGGAAGAUAGGAGACAACGUAGUAGAAGGAAGAUUAAGAGUAAGAGGUCUAGGAGAUCUUAUGAUAGCUAUGGUGAAUCUGAAGAGAGUGAUUCCGAUGAGGAAGAUAGGAAGAAAAGCACAAGUAUUAGGAAAAAGAGAAGAUACAGUGAUUCUGAUGAGAGCAGCGAUGCAUCUGAGAUUAGUGCUUCCUCUUCUGGUGAUGAACAACACACCAAGUCAAAGAUCAACAGGCGGAAGAAGCUCUCAGGCGAUGGUUCCGACGAGGGACGAAGAAGUAAGAAGAAGAAAAGAAGCAGAAGUAGGAGAAAGAAGCCAGGACAUAGGAGGAAGAGCAGCGACAUUAGUGCUUCUGGGGAAGAACGUAGCAG